AAUAACAGGAAAGACCUUCUAUUUAUGUAGUUAAUCAUUAGACCACAAUUUCAACAUAACAAGAUUAUAUAAAGCCGCAUCCUGAUGGGAAAACAAAGACAUAAUACAACAGAAUGAAGAUCUCUGUGAGUUUUACGCUGUUGCUGCUGCUCGGCGCUGUCCCCGCAAGUGAAAGCCAGCAGACUUAUCCUCCAGACAUCAACACUGUGCUGACACAGAUGGCCGCCUGGUUGGUUCAAAUGAAAGCGGACAUGAUUACAGGUCAAGCACAGCUGCAGACUCAAUUGGACACGCUGAAACAACAACAGCUAGUCCAGCAGGUUGCAUUCUCAGCCUCUCUGGUGGUUGCAGGUGAAUCACGUAUUGGACCCGUUACAUUAGACACUACCCUGAUCUACAAAUACGUCCCCACCAACAUUGGAAAUGCCUACAACUCAAACACAGGUGACGCUUUUCGAACCUGCUCUGGGGGACGCGACAACGGCCACAACAAUGGAACGGGCCGCCACUCGUGGGCCGCCACUCGCAUGAUGCGAUCCACAGGCGCAGGGGCACACAACAACGGGGAAAUGAAGCGCCACAAUAACUGGACGGUUGUGGUUAGAAAAAAAAAAGAAUGGGGAAAGGAACCGUCACACACAGGACACACCGACAAAGGAACUGCAACACGCGGGACAAAGGUACUACCACACGCGGGGCACGAUCCAAUAUGAUUCCCAUUAAAAUGCAUUGCUUUCUAUUUCGUAAUCAGCACACGAAAAAAAAAGGCUUUUAAGUAACCUGUCCACGACUUAAUAGAUUAAAAUAACGUAACUAUAUAUCGACCUGCCGUGAGACGUGGACCUCCAACACAGUUUCUGCCAGACCUGGGCUCUGACUGUCAACCUAAACAAAACCAAAAUACAGAUUUUCCAAAACAGAUCUGGGAAUUACAGUAAACAUCAAUUCUACCUAAAUACAGUUCAAUUAGAAACAUGUGAAAAACUACACAUAUUUAGGUCUCAAUAUUAGUUCAUCAGGUAGUUUUCAAAUGGGUGUGAAUGAGCUGAGAGACAAAUCAAGAAGAGCAUUUUAUGCAAUUAAAAGAAAAAUCAAAACAGACAUUCCAAUUAAAACUUGGUUAAAAACCAUCAGAACCCUAAGGCUUCGUCCACGACGCCAAACGGCACCUCUGAUUCAUAUUUAGAUAAUUUGAUAACAGUUUUAUGUAGCUUCUUACCGAUUUCUCCUGCUAAAAGCUAAGGGGUUAGCAAUCACGGGGGUGUCUUUUUUUGUCUUUGUAGCCUUUACAGAAGUUUUUCCAUCCAGUCUGGAACUUUUGCCUCUUUUCGGAGUUGUUUAGCAAUAAAUCCAAACUCUUACAUCCAAGAUUUAUCCACUCGAUUUCCAUAAUUUACCACGUUUUCGGUCAUUUCUGCUCGUAGCUCCGUGCUGUUCGAUGCUUUGCAAGAGUGUGUUGAGAUUUUUCAACCAAUGGGAAGGCAGGUCCGUCAUACAAAGACUAUGUAGUGGAAAAGAUAGUUCACUCCAGGGAAUCCGAGCGAGAACAAAGAGUAAAGUGAAAAAGAGAGAUAACUCCGGUCUAUUACCGUUCUACUGAGAAUAAUGGCGUCACUGUUUAGAUAUUUGGGAUACAUUUGGGCCUUUUUUAAAGAUGUAAUGUAAAUAG